AUGACGGGUGGAAAUAUUUGGUCGAGAUUUAUUACUGCUCGACAACUUACAUCAAAUUAUUAUAUAAUAUCAACAUAUCUUACUGAUAUAUUAUAUUAUCAAUUAAUUAAUACACAAGAAAUUAUUUAUGAUCUGAUUUAUAUUAUUGAAUUUGGUCGAACAUUACAUUCAAUUUUAAAUGUUUAUCAACGACAAGAUAUUGAAUUUGUCAUAGCUGAUGGGAUUAAUAUAUCAAAUCGACAAUCAACUAUUGAUAGUCAAGGAAAAUUUCUUACACUUUGGAUGAGUCAAAAACUAAAUCCUCAUACUGAUAAAACACAUACGUCUUUAUCACAAUCAAUAUCAUCAUCACUAGCAACAACACUUAGUGAAGGAACAUCAAAUGAUGAUACAUUAACUGAUAUUUAUUUAACAUUACUUCAUUCAACAAAUACAAAUCAUUCGGAUACUCAUUUAUCAAACAAAACAACAUCAUGA